UCACCACUUGUCGCGACAUCAACAACGCCAGAUACUAAAUCCACACUUUUUACCCGUACCAGAAGUACCCACCACCAUGGCCGCCACCGCCGAUAAAUCCAAGCCCUACAUCCCUCUAGCUGGGGCCGCCGACGACGGCUGGUCGAAAGAAGACUCAGCGACAGCAACCUGCUUUUGCGGCGCCGUGCAGCUCGCUUUCCCCACCCAAGGCCCCGGCCUCGUCAGCACCUUUGUCUGCCACUGUACCGACUGCCGCAAGAUCACAGCGUCGAUGUUCGCCUCCAACUUUACCAUCGCCGACACACAUCUCACCCAUGUCCGCGGCCGCGACAACCUGAAAACUUACGCCCAAUCGCGUACCAUCGCCUCGGGGAAUCUGAUGACCAACUACUUUUGCUCCACGUGUGGCACGCUCAUGUAUCGUGUUGGUGAGGGUUCCCCAGGAUAUAGCAUCCUACGCAUUGGUACCGUGGACGACUUCAAUCUGCACGAGACGAAGCUGAAGCCGGAGCGUGAGAUAUAUGUUAAGGACCGUUGCGGUUGGGUGAGCGCCGUAGAGGGCGCCCAGCAGUUUGAGGCACAGCGUACAAGGCAGAAGAUUUAGUAGAUAAAGCGCGCCGAAUCGUACUAUAAAGUACUAUUCUAAAUGAUACUAAUUCGGCAUUGCAGCAUUCCAGAUAGUUUCCGUAGUCCCUUCUCUAACAGUUGAUUUCAUAUCCA